AUGGCGGCAAACAUGACGGAAGAUUCAAUUGGCCGCUCCAUACACAAACAUCGACCGGAGCAUUUUUCUGUGCAAAAAGCUUUGGAGCUACUUGGGUUAAUUGAUGGAGACAACUCAGAUUUAGACUUGUCUGACAACGAUGAUCCCAUCCUGGAUGAAAAUUACCAACCAUCACCACAGGAGGAAAGCAGCAGUGAGGAUGAGGGUGACAGUAGUGAGGAUGAGGACCCCAUUCCCGAGCCCACUGAGCAUAGCAGAGGACGGACAGAGAGUACAGGGACAGGUUCAUCCCGCACUCCCAGACAUCGACGUCGAACUAAAACAAUUGAGACUGACAGCUCAGAAGAUGACUCUGAGGAGCCAGCACCAGGACCAAGCCAAACCAAAAAAAAGAAAAAGGGAGAGUCCAAACAAGGACGUGCUAUACGCUGGAAGGCUACUCCAUUGACGCCAAACCUCGCAGAGUAUCAGCAUCAGGACGAAACUGAUCUAGACAGACAUGGCUGGACCCCACUAGACUAUUUUGAACAGUACAUAGAUAGAGAUCUGAUGACACUGAUUUCAGAAUGUUCUAAUGUCAUGUCACUGUCUAAGAGUGGGGACCCACUCAACAUGUCAGUCAAUGAGGUUUACCACUUUUUUGGUGCCUGUAUUUUGAUGUCCUGCAUCCGAUACCCAACCAUUAGGAUGUAUUGGUCCAAAGCCUUGAAAAUCAACGCCAUCACUGACAGAUUCACGUGUGCCAGAUUCUUCAAACUGAGGGGAGCAAUAAAAGUGGUAAUUGAUGAUGAUGUGCCUGAAGACCUGAGGAUGUCUGACAAAUUCUGGAGGGUGAGGCCUUUUCUGGAUCGGAUUCUGCGAGGCUGCAAGUCUCUGAAUCGACCUGAUUGCGCAUCUAUUGAUGAGCAGAUGAUACCUUUCACAGGAGCCUGUCCGUACAGACAAUAUCUGCCAAUGAAGCCAAACCCAGUUGGCAUAAAGAACUUUGUUUGUGCUACAGCAGAUUGCAUUGUGCUUGACUUUGAGCUCUAUCAAGGUACAAAUUCACUGAUUGAGAAGGUCAAAGAACCCGAGGGCCUGGGUUUGGGAAACUUAGUCAUCGAGCGUCUGUGUCAAACUCUGCAACGUGGCACAAAAGUGUAUUGUGACCGGUUCUUCACCACCAUCAAAGGUGCGCAACAAAUGAUGGAGAAGGAGCUGUACCUAACUGGUACAAUAAUGAAAAAUCGACUUGCUGGAGCGAACCACAAGUUACCCAGUGACAAAGCCAUGAAAAGCGCAGGAAGAGGUACUUCAUCAGAAGUUUCCGCUGAAGAUGGAAAGUUGUGUGUAGUGAAGUGGUACGACAACAAACCAGUAUUGAUGAUGUCUGUUGUUCAUGGUACACAGCCUGAAGACACCUGCCAGCGCUGGGACAAGAAGUUGAAACAAUAUGUCACUGUCUCGCGACCAAGCAUUGUCCGUGAGUACAACACCAAGAUGGGUGGAGUUGACUUGAUGGAUAGAAUGAUCAGUUACUAUCGCAUGAGCACCCGUACUAAGAAGUGGACAAUGCGUAUGGUAAUGCACUUCACGGAUCUGGCUUUAGCCAACAGCUGGCUACUCUACCGCAAAGACCAUGCAAUAUGUGCUGGACCAAAGACAAGACCCAUCCAGUUCCUUCAGUUCCGUAUGGAAGUGGCAAAGAUCCUUUUGGCCCAGCAUCACGGUGCAGAUGCUGACCUAUCGGAACAAUCAGAGGAAGAAGAUUCAAAUCAAGGGGGAAAACGUCAUGUGACAGAGUUGCCCCAUGUCUCGGUCCGCAGGAGGGCUAAUGCCCACCUCCCAGAGAUGAUUGGCCUGAAGAAUGUGAUGCGCUGCAGACAACCAGGCUGCACCGGAAGAACCCGAGUGCGUUGUGUGACCUGCAAAGUGUUCUUGUGCUUGCAAACCGAACACAACUGUUACUCAGACUUUCACACAUAG